CCUUGCUGGUUGCUCAGACUGGUAGAUAGCCAGUAUUGUAUUUGCUUGUUGUUGUUGUUGUUGCUGCUUCUCUCUCUCUCUCUCUCUCUCUCUCCACUCUACCCCCCUCCAUUACACCCAAAAUGCUCUCCAACACCAUCACCAUUGUCCCCGUGGGCGAACCCACUGCCCAUGUCGACGUCGUCAUGGAACCCCUCAAGGCCUUUGACGCCCCGACCACCACAACCACUACCCCCACUACCAUCACCACUCGCGGCGUGAGCUUCCCCGCGACGACGCUGAACCCCCUUGACACGAUGGCGUGGACCCGGAAGCAGGCUGCUAGUGAAGCAUUGGUGGAACGGAUUUCCGAGAUCAUCGCCUCGUACCGCAUCAGCGGACCCGAGGACCAUUACGAGACGGUAUACCGGCCGCAGCUGCUGUCGACGCUGCGGUAUUUCGUGUCUCGCCAGGAGGCGAUCAACAUGGUGGUGCCCGCCUACCCCUUCAAAAGCCCUAACCGCGAGGAGAAGGUGCUGGGGCCGGACCCGGACGUCGGGGAGCGCAUGUCCCUCGAACACUUCAACUCGAUCGGGGCGCGCAUCAGCCAGAUCUACCCGCCGGGAGGCUACGUGACGAUUGUCAGCGACGGGUGCUGCUACAACGACCUGCUGGGGGUGUCGGAUGAGGAGGUGUUCCGGUACGCGGAGGGAUUGCACCGCAUCGUGGAUCGACUGGGGCUGAAGCACCUCCGGUUCUCGGAUCCGUUUGACCUGAUCGAGGGGAAGCACAACGUCCCCGUCACCGAGGAAGAAUAUGCCAGCCGCAUCGGCGAGCUCAAGGACCGGUUGUUCACCACGUAUAUGCCGGCCGGGUAUGACUUCGACGAGUCGUUGAAGCACGACCCCAACGCGACGCUCACGUAUCGGGGCUAUAUUCGGUUCCUGAUGUCGGAUCUGGCCAUGUUCUUCAAGGAGAAGCAGAUGAGCAAGUCCGCCAUCAAGAAACACUGCGCCAGCGUCGCCCGCCGCAUGAUCGAGCGCGGCAAGGUCUUCUCCGCCCUGGUGGCCUCCGCCUCGCCGCUGCACGUCCGCCUCUCCAUCCACGCCAGCGACAACACCUCCAAGCUCUCCGUCACCCUGCUGCCACAGGAACGAUACUCGGCCUUCCCCGUCACCCCCUGGCACAACACCCCGUACUUGGACACGGAGAGCGUCUCCCUCAGUCUCUCCCGCAAGCCCGCCGGUCCCGCCGUCUCCUACCGCCUCUGCACCGACAACCUCGGCCUCGCCUUCCUCUGCGCCGACGCCCCCCUGUACCAAGUCAUCGACACCAGCCGCGAGAAGACCCCGCAACUCCUCCAGCUCACCCCCCUCUACCCCUUCGGCCUCCAGAUCAAGGUCCCCCACGACACCCCGCUCAGCGACUUCCGCCUCGACAACGUCGCCGCGCUCGCUCGCGUCCACUCCCCCAUCAUCUUCGAAGGGCUGGACCCGAUGCAAUAUACCGCGGCGAUUGCCGACGACUUCCACCGCGUCGCCGGCAGCAAGCUGUCGCUGAGCAUCUUGCACGAGGGGAUUGCAUCCACCACCGCCACCACCACCCAGCAACGCCGCGCGCGCUCGUAUCUACCGGACGCUGCCGCGGUCACGUCGUAUUUCGUGGCGGUGCCGGCCCGCAAUGCCGACGACCCGCUGGCCUUCCUCGAGGCGGCGACCGCGCUGGAUGAUGUGCGGUCGCGCGUGCUGCAUCGCUGGCAGGCGGGACAUGCGGUGGUCGCGGAUCAUCGGGUGGCGUUGCCGGUGCAUUUGAGUCCGUCGAGUUUGAGGGUUCUCCGGGGUUGA